GAACCAACCCCGGACAACAGCGCAGCAAGAGCUUGGCACUGCUACAUCACCAGGCUUUAGAGAUGCUCCAACAUCUCUCAAUCAACUGCUGGACAAUUCAGGCACCCAAUCCUCGUCAGUAAAAUCUCCAAAUACUGAAAUAUCAAAAAUUGGUAGAGAUUCUGUACAGAAAGAGAGCCCACAAGCCUCAUUGGCCCAAGAGAGCAAAUCUAAUCCUGUCGUCUUGCAGAGCACAGAUAGUGGGCCUACAAGUGAUACAGAUCAGAAACCAAAAUUGGUCUCCGUAUCAAACCCAAAUCUAGUCACCAGUAGUGGUUCAAACCUGCAACCUGUCAGUGCUGUGUCAAGUGUUGGUUCGAACCAAGCAGUGCUCUUAAGCCUCACCUCCAUUCCCAACACUACCGUAAAUUCAAAUGCCAACCUUAUGGCUAUGUCGAAUGCUUCUCAAUCAGUCUUGCAAAGACCCAUGUCAUCAGCUCCCACUCCACAAAACCAGAUCACAGUCUUUGUGACAUCCAAUCCAAUUAGCUCCGCAACCAACACUGCUUCUGUGGUUCCACCAGCUAUUGUAUCCAAGGUGCUUGCAGUUCCCAAUAAAACCCCAAUAAGAUCGCCAGAUGUUCGGCAACAAAACCCUACCAACACACGGCAGCAAUUCAUCACAGGACCCGUGUAUUCGAUAAUUCAAGCUGCGUCGAGUUCCAAUGUCAUGUCUCAGCCAGUUACGAUGGUUGGUCCGUUAGUCUCUGCAAAUAUCCAGCUUGCUCCAAACCCAGUCUCAACUACAACACCACUUUCAUCAACUGCUACGGCAACAAACUCACCAGCUGUCAGUAUAGCUGCUAGUCAACAAUGCCGACCAGUCAUUGGUCAACUUCAAGUCCAAGCACUUUCAAGUCAGGCUUGCCCUUUAGGCAUAGUGUCACCAACUCGACAGCCUAGCCCAGGAGUUCCAAAACAGGAAACUGUCUCUAGUGCUAAUGGCUCAAAACCUACUUCUGUUGGACAAUCUUCCUUACAGCCUAGCACGGCUGCACCCUUUCAGCAGCUUUUAGCCUCUCCACCCGCUUGCUCUAGCCCAGGGACUACAGCUGUUGCCCGUAUAAUUCCCCUGUCUCCAACAACAAUGAUGUUAACCAGAGGCAGUCCAGUCCAGACUGUUGUAGACAGAAACACUGUACCCAUUAUCUCUUCGAGCAAUGAUGAUGGACAAAAAGAGCAAAGCCCAGUCAGCCAAUCGGGAAAAUCUGUUGAAGUACCCACAUCUCCUGCUUCUGAAAUGGUCUCUUCGCUUCAGCCAUCUGUUCCAAUUACCCUUCCAAAUGUUCAGGUCACAUGUCAGCUGUCUCCACUACCUCCAAAGGUUUCUACACCUGAAAUCCUGACCGCUCCGGUCCCUAACACUUCUACAACCACAUCUAUUAUGCCACCCCCAACCUCUACCUCAGUCAUGCUUCAUCUGUCUAGUCAUGUUACUCAUUCUUCAACACCCUCUAGUUUGCCUGGCUCUGCUCCAGGAACUCCCACUACCGCUUCUAGCUCGUCCAUGGAAACAUCCCAUCAACUCACAGGGGAACAGCAGACUUCUUCACUGAUGGAGACUAGGGGAACUGACUUGGUUAAAACGAGCGAAGCAGUUGUUGCUCCAAACCUUUCGGCUCAUGCUGAAGCUCCACAAGAUGACCAACCUUCACGUGACCAAGCUGAACAAGGAAUUAGCACAGGAGCAGAACAAGGAUGGGCAAAGAAAAGAAAGACGCCCGUCAACUUAGCCCCAAGGGAUACAAGGGCCACCACUGAAAAAGCAAAAGGCCCUAGUCGACGUAGUUCACGGACGGACAAGGAACCCGAAGAGGAUGCAUCCGACAAUAACCAGAGAAAAAGGACUGCGAGGCCUGGGUCAGCCUCGUCGAACACAGGAAAAGAAUCAAACACUGGAGCGAGUCCCACCCAGGCAAAACGAAGGAAGUCGAAGUAAUGAAACUGAAUAAACUUGUGAAUGUACUUUUUUAUUUUUCUCUUGUGUUCCUCGCAAGAUAACCAUGUACAGCAUUUUUAUCCUAAAACUGUAUUUUGUUUCUGGCUACUAGAUGAGAUUUAGAAUUGUGUAUGAUGUGUUUGUAUUGUAUGUCAUUGUUUUAUUAUGAUAAUUAAUAUUGAUAAGUGCUGGAUUAAUCACAUGAUGCUGAAAAAUCAUGUCUGUAGUAUCACUAUAUGAUGAUAAUAAUAAUAAUAAUAAUAAUAAUAAUGAGACAGAAUCAGAAUUUUUUUCUUAUGAUGAAUUAAGGGUGCAUUUAAAUACUGUCAACACCUCUGUUUAGACCCCAGAUCACAUGCAUUAAACUAUUUUUUACAACUGCC